CGGCUGAGCCCCGCCCGCCCCACGCCCUGCCCCGUCUGCUGACAUCUCUGACAGUCCCUUGACAGCCGGAGCCGUCUGGGGGUUCUCCAGGGCCAUGGACUCCUCUAGCGGCACCCCAGGGUGCAUGGGGCAAUGCACCAGCUUCCUCCGCUCUCACAAGGGCACCGUCCUGGCGCUGGAGAUUGGCCUCUGUAUUGUUAUCCUGAUCUGCUAUGGUGCUUCUCGGACCCCUGGUUAUACGGGUGUGGCCAUCUUCGAGAUGGUGUUUUCAAUCGUCUUCUUCAUCAUCUAUAUGCUAGGAUUAAACAAGCAGCUGGCUGUUGUCCACUGGGGCUGGAGCGAUUUUGUCCGCGCUCUCAUUGGUGCUCUGCUCUUCCUCAUCACCUCCAUCAUCGUCGUCAUUGGCCACAGGGACGGACCUGGGAUCGCAGCUGGGGUCUUUGGGCUCCUGGCGGGCAUCCUGUUUGCAUACGAUGCCUAUAUUACAUUCCCCACCCUUCGGAAAACCCACACAGCUGCCCCCACUGAAUCCCCGGAGGGGGUUAUUCAGGUCUGAAGAAAAUGUCAGCAGGACCCCCGGCCCCCACUUUGGUUUGCCUUUCGCCCCCCCCCCCCCCCCCGUGCUGUUUUUCUAGAUCUGUCUGUACAUACUGCUGGGGGGGGCAAGAAAGAGGAACCCUCCACCCACUAAUCCUUCUCUCCAGUCCCAUCCCCAAUUCUGCUCCUACCUCAAGGCCACACCCAUGUUUGGAAGGCCUUGACAAUGGCAAUCCCACCGCCACUUCUCUGGUUGGCUGGAGCGAUGGGUGAGGCAGUGGGGUCUAGGGUAAUAGAACAGGUGUGGGCCAGAGGUGUUGGAAGGUUGGGAGCCAGGAUCCUGGGUUCUAUC